AAACAAAAUCGGAGGUGCGUGUGCAUGCGUAAAAGUGGUAAUGGAGGAUAGUGAUCUACUCACUGGGGGCUUAGUUAGCAAGCUGUCUUCUUUAACUUCUGUUCACGACUGCUCUUUUCAUUGAUUGCGAGGCAUUAACAACGCAAAGGAAUAUCGUUUGAAUCAACCGAGAGGAGGUGGAAGUCCGGUCGAGUUCCGGGAUGGCGUCAGAUGUGGUUUCCCAAAACCAUGGGUCCAAGGGGAUCAUGACUUUUUACCCCACUGUCGAGGAGUUCAAGAACUUCACCCGCUACAUUGCAUAUGUGGAGUCCCAGGGAGCACACAAAGCAGGCCUGGCUAAAAUCGUCCCACCCAAGGAAUGGAAACCUAGAUCCUCUUAUGAUGAUAUAGACGAGUUGGUGAUACCUGCACCCAUUCAGCAGGUGGUGACAGGCCAGUCAGGCCUUUUCACACAAUACAACAUUCAGAGGAAGGCCAUGACGGUCAGAGAGUUCCGCAAGAUGGCCAACAGUGACAAGUACUGUAGUCCACAUUAUGAUGACUUUGAGGAGCUGGAAAGGAAGUACUGGAAGAAUGUGACGUUUAACCCUCCCAUAUAUGGGGCAGAUGUUAAUGGAACUCUAUAUGACCCUGAAGUAAAAGAGUGGAACAUUUGCCAUCUGGACACCAUUUUGGAUACCGUUGAACAUGAGAGCGGCAUCACUAUUGAGGGUGUCAAUACUCCCUACUUGUACUUUGGCAUGUGGAAGACCACAUUUGCAUGGCACACUGAGGACAUGGACCUCUACAGUAUCAACUACUUGCACUUUGGAGAGCCUAAAUCAUGGUACUGUGUUCCUCCAGAGCAUGGAAAAAGAUUGGAGCGUUUGGCUCAAGGGUUCUUUCCUGGUAGCUCUCAGAAUUGUGAGGCCUUUUUGAGGCACAAGAUGACUCUCAUCUCUCCCUCCAUACUGAAGAAAUAUGGUAUCCCAUUUGAUAAGAUUACUCAGGAGGCGGGUGAGUUCAUGGUAACUUUCCCUUAUGCCUAUCAUGCUGGUUUCAACCACGGUUUCAACUGUGCAGAAUCCACCAACUUCGCCACCGAGAGAUGGAUUGAGUACGGCAAGCAAGCGGUUUUGUGCUCUUGCCGUAAAGACAUGGUGAAGAUUUCCAUGGAUGUCUUUGUGAAGAAAUUCCAGCCAGAGCGCUAUGAACAGUGGCUGGCAGGGCGAGACGUGGCACCCAUUGAUCACUCACGGCCAACCCCAGAGGCGAAGGAGUUUCUCGGAGAGUCCUUUAAUGACGCCACUGGCAACAGUAACGGCAACUCCGCAGAGAGCUGUGGGGAGGACGGAGAGCGGAAGAGCACUACGCAGAGGAUAGAGACCAAGAGACACAGAGUGUGUCUGGAAGUGCCAGAGGAGGUCGUUCCCAAGGAUGAAGAGGAGGAAGAUGUGGAGCAGUAUGGGAAGCGUCCCAGGCUCAGCCUAAUACCUCCACGUGUUAUGUCACAAGAUGGAAAGAGAAAUAAAGGGCCACCGAAGUUGGUUGUCACACCGACCAAGCUCACUUUAUUAGAUCCAUUUCACAGGGGCUUAACCCAAAGUAAUAGUGAUGUCACCCGCCCUCCUCAUUACACCAAGACUCGUGCCCCUGCGAUCUCGUCUCAGUCCCAGGCCAGAAAUGGACACCUGUCAGUCUCAGUGGCACCGACAUGGACAGAAACCACCACUCAGCCUUCUCGCAAAAUGGGGGUAGCCAGCCUGCUCUUCCACAGGACUCUGAGCCCAAAAGACACUCUUCAAGUGCACAGCUACACUCUAGAAAAGCAGCAGCAGCCCCACACACAGCUGCAGGUGCACAGCUAUGCCAGAGAGCAUCAACCCCGUCAUCUCCAGCACAAAACCUGCACUCCAUCACACACGCAGGUCCAGUCCUCGUCUCAGGCACCAAACUGUGAACGAACGGAGCCAGAGCCAGAAACCAAGAUUGUUCUUACCAAAGUAAUGCCGAACGAAUUGAAAGCACAGCGUGUCGUGGAGAAGGACCAAAAGGAGGACAAACCUAAAAUGUCAGCCCCAGUUGAGACUGAGGUUGAAGUAAAGAUGCCUAAAGUUGAGCCCACCAGCCAGUCUGCGCUCUCCCCACCUCAAACACAACCCAGCAUGUUGGGUAAAACAGAGAUGGAGGCCCCGAAGAACAGCAAACGAAAGAGUAACCACUGCCCCCUUGCGGAUAGUGGCAUAGUCAUCCUGAAAGACACUGUUCCUGUCAGGAUGCCUGAUGAGAUGAAGGUGGUCACUCAAAGUCAUCAUCAGGUGGCAGAAGAGCAGUCAUACUGCAAGUCGAUUGUGAAGAAGCAGCAGCAGCAGCAGCAGGCUGAGCUCUGUAAGCUGCCCCGUCACCACCCUCUGAUCAGAGAGGUGCACAGUGAUGAUGAAGUGUGUGUGCACAUGGAAGUCGAGCAAGAGGAGAAAGAGGAGUGGGCGAAGCCGCUCAGCCAGCUUUGGCAGUGUCGGCCAUAUAACCCACAGGCAGAAAGAGAAUACAACAAGAGCGUGGGCGAGCAGGCCCCCUACUGCUGCAUCUGCCUGGUCUUCUACACCUACCAUCAGUCCGAGUCCAGUAGUGGGAGUUCCCGGGUGGUGUUGGUGAACCGUCCAGGCGGCCGUCAGUGGUCCAAGCCACUCAUUCCUGAAAUGUGUUUCAACACCCAGUCUAGCAAGACGGGUGAUUGCGGGGAGGGACAGCUGUCGAACCCUAAUGUAGCAGAGGACGGGACCAGCCGGCUUGUCAGCUGUGCUCAGUGCUGCGUCCGGGUACACACCAGUUGCUAUGGUGUGUGUGGAGAUGAAGCAGAUCUAGAUGAUUGGCUGUGUGCCCGCUGUGAGGCAGAUGCCAUCACUGAGGACUGUUGUUUGUGUUCGUUAAGAGGUGGAGCUCUGCAGAGAGCCAACAAUGACAAGUGGGUUCAUGUGCUGUGUGCCAUCACUGUGCUUGAAGCUCGCUUUGUCAACAUCACCGAGCGAGGGCCCGUUGACCUCUCUGCAAUCCCGCUGCCACGUUUCAGACUGAAGUGUGCAUACUGCAGGAAACGGAUGAAGAGGGAGGUGACAGGCUGCUGCGUCCAGUGCUCCCACGGACGCUGCUCCACGGCGUUUCACCCGACCUGCGCUCAGGCAGCUGGGGUCCUCAUGCACCCAGAUGACUGGCCGUUUAUAGUCUUCGUCACCUGCCACAGACACAGAGCGCCCAUCAUACCUGAGCGUAACAAGGCGUCCAUGCGGGAGCUGGCAGUUGGGCAGAGGGUCAUCUGCAAACACAAAAAUGGUCGCUACUACCAGAGCGAAGUGGUGGAGCUGAGCACGGCCACCUUCUACGAGGUUGUGUUCGACGACGGUUCCUACAGCGACAACCUCUUCCCAGAGGAUAUCGAGAACCGUGACUGUGUCCGGCUCGGUCCACCUGCAGAAGGAGACGCUGUCCAAGUGCGAUGGACAGAUGGGUUGAUAUAUGGAGCCAAGUUUGUAGCGUCACACUCCAUCCCUAUGUACCUGGUGGAGUUUGAGGAUGGAUCACAAAGCUCUGUGAAGCGAGAUGACAUCUACGCUCUAGAUGAGGAUCUGCCCAAACGAGUCAAGUCACGAAUGUCGGUGGCGUCAGACAUGCGCUUCGAGCUCUUCGCCCAGAACGACGUUAAACAGAACACCAAAAGGCAACGGGUCAUCAACUCUCGAUACCGAGAGGACUACAUCGAGCCUGUCAUCUACCGAGCCAUCAUGGAGUGACAUCCACUUCCUUCACCCCCUCAUCAACUCACCACAGAGACAUGAAGCCCCAGGUCAUCGUUAGCAGUUUUGAUAGCAGCGACCAUCCUCUCCCUCCUCUUCCUCCUUCUUCUUCCAUGGGCCGUCAGGCUACAUAUUUAUAAACUACGGCUGGGACUUUAAAUGACUCCUGUGUGCAUCCAAUAAUAUGCUUAGACUUUUCGUCUCCCAUCACAUGCUGUGGAUUAAGUUUUCUUCCUCCGUUUCAUUUUUUUUCCUUUUCUCAGGAAGAAGCCAUCAAUGAAUUAAGUAUGGAUAAGGUUGGACCUUCUAACUGGAGCAUGGUGUUUGUUUUUCUCUGCCACCACAUUCAGCAGGUCACAAGUAAAUACAACAUUACUCAGUUUUUACACUUUCUACCUUUUUGCUCUUGACUUACAGACUCGUUAUUGUUAUUUUCAUAAUUUAUCAUAAUGUUUUGCAGUGAAGAAAAUUAUGCAUAGGAAUGAGGUUUUUACAGGAGGCGCUAUCUCGGAUCAGUUUUUCCACUCAUGAAGUUAAAUGAACUUUUAACUUCCAAUCAGAUUUUGACACCAAUAACAAUUUGAUUCAUCAGGAGAUGUGUUCAGUUUUAACUCCAAAGAAAUAAAAUAAUAUCUCAAGAUCCAUUUUUGACACAUCUUCAGAUUGAACUUAUCACUCCAUGCAUCACAUCACAUGGUUCAUAAGUGUCUCUCUGUCUGUCAAUGUGCGUCUACUGUGAACAUAGGAGAAAACUGAGACAUGUUUAAAGGCCCGAGCCUUACAUUUCAAAGGGCCAAGCAGACUUUGUUUUUUUCUAAAGCUCAAGCUUUACUAUAACUGUUGUAAUUAAUGUUAUUAUUACAAUUAAUUUAUGCGAGUGCAUUGAGUUUGAGAACAAAGCUAUUUUUGUCAUGUCCUUUUCACACUCUGUAGAAAACCUCAGAUGUAUUUAUAUUUAUUAUAUUGAUAGGUUUUCAGACAUCCUGUUUUAAAAGUUGAGGUUCAUGUUUCCUCCAUUGGGAUUGGAAGGUUAGAAUGCCAAUCUGGCAAAGUCCCUCUCAAAGCAAAAAGCACUUAUUGUUACCUCCUGCCACGGGACAUUUACUGUUUUGUAGACACAUGGCCUCCACUAAAUUUGUGUGUGAGUGUGUGUGUGUGUGUGCGUGCGUGUGUGUAUGUGUGUUAAAAGCUAGCCCUAGAGAUGAACAUUGUAACCAGAUUAUAGUUUGAUCCCAAAUAAAGAAAAAAGUGCGAAGAGGAUCAUUGUCA